GGACCUGUUACGGUGAAACACCAGGAGCAGCUCUGAAUAUCGAGGGAACAUGAUGGAAAUAUAACUUUUACUCGCACUUUUGUUUGUUGUUUCUCCCUGCGGGACUAGAAUCGUCGCCGACGGGCUGGAAGUUUUUCCGAGCGGAGCGGUUCGUGAUGCGGUGACGCGGCUCACUCCGCCGUGACAGCCAACGGGAAGCUAACGUUAGCUACGCCUUCCAGACACAUUUCAGGGCUUUAGACACAAAAACAAAGCCGCAAAUUUUCUUAGAAUAUAUUUUAGCAUCUUUUCUAGUUUUUAUAGAAAACUGUACUCGGGUAGUUAACCUGUACAUAAAACUAGUUACUUUAGCUAGCUAGCGGGCUAGUGGCUAACGUCGGCUAGCUGUGGACUUUAAAGUGACUCGAAGCCAAAGAUUUCUGUUUCAAAUUAGCACGAAGCAGAGCUGCAACAGUUUCCACGUCACCAUCAUCACCACCACAUUCACGGCCAACUAUGAAAGGCUGUUUUCGUCGAGCUGAGCUUCACAUUUCCAGGGAGCCGCUUGUUUUUAGUUGCACAGAUGGACACUUUAUGUUUCCAAAUGCAGGUAUGCAGUGAAGUAGAACCAGCUCCCGUUCUGUUAGCAUGCUAAAGGUGGAGUUAGCCGGCUAAACUUGGAACACUGCCCCCUGCUUACUCUCUGCGGCUCUGAGGCCUUAAGGAAUUUCCCAACGUUUUGUCAACUCAAAGAAAGAAGGAACCCCUUCGCACAUCCCCGGAUUAUACUCUGGAUGUUUUUGAAGCGUGAUCCGGUCACCGGGACACACGGUCGGAGUUCAGCAGGGACUUCUUCUGACGUCGACGCAUAUCCGUGGAUUAUCAUUAAUUAAGUUACACGUCAAAGAUGAUGUGUGAAGUGAUGCCAACCAUCAGCGAGGCCGAGGGGCCCGGUGGAGGCAACGGCCGGCGAGGUUCUGGCUCCCCCCUGCAGUCGGACUCUGAGGGUCACUUUGAGUCAUUGAUGGUGUCCAUGCUGGAGGAGAGGGAUCGCCUUCUGGAGACUCUGAGAGAGACUCAGGAGAACCUGGGCCUGACCCAGGGGAAACUUCAUGAAGUCAGCCAUGAAAGGGACUCGCUGCAGAGGCAGCUGAACUCCGCUUUACCACAGGAGUUUGCUGCACUAACAAAGGAGGUGAACGUGUGCCGGGAGCAGCUUCUGGAGAAAGAGGAGGAGAUCGCCGAGUUGAAGGCGGAGAGGAACAACACCCGGCUCCUGCUGGAACACCUGGAGUGCCUGGUGUCGCGUCACGAGCGCAGUCUGAGGAUGACCGUGGUGAAGAGGCAGGCUCAGUCUCCUGCUGGUGUCUCCAGCGAGGUGGAGGUCCUCAAGGCUCUCAAGUCACUUUUUGAACACCACAAAGCCCUUGAUGAGAAGGUAAGAGAGCGUCUUCGUGUUGCUCUGGAGCGAUGCAGCGCUUUGGAGGAAGAACUCGCCAUUUCACACAAAGAAUUGUCUUAUCUCAGAGAGCAAAGCAGUCAGAAAAGAGGGCUGGCUGACGGAACGAUUGAGGUCAACCACAACUUUGAGAACGCCCCCAGCACCAAUGGAAAGCGAUCAUCCGAUGGCUCGCUGAGCCAAGAAGAGGAGUCGGGCUCUGCCUUUGGGAAGGCAGGAGAUCUCCAAGAGGUGGUGGACCGCCAGGCCGCUGAUUUGGGCCAGAUGAAGGAGCGCAUGGCUGCUAUGGUUUCCCGAAUCAGUGAGCUGGAGGAGGACCUGGACACGGCCAGAAAAGACCUCAUCAAGUCGGAAGACAUGAGCACCCGCCUGCAGAGAGACCUCAGAGAGUCAAUGGCGCAGAAGGAGGACAUGGAGGAGAGGAUCACCACGCUGGAGAAGCGCUACCUGGCAGCUCAGCGGGAGGCCACAUCUGUCCACGACCUCAACGACAAGCUGGAAAAUGAAGUGGCCAACAAGGAGUCUCUGUUCAGACAAGCUGAGGAAAGAAACCGGCAGCUCCAGGAGAAGCUGGAACUGGCUGAACAGAAACUGCAACAGACCAUUCGCAAGGCGGAGACUCUGCCUGAGGUGGAAGCGGAGUUGGCGCAGAGGGUCGCCGCCCUCACAAAGGCAGAGGAGCGCCAUGGUAACGUGGAGGAGAGACUCAGGCAACUGGAGGCCCAACUGGAGGAGAAGAACCAGGAGCUGCUGCGGGCGCGUCAGCGGGAGAAGAUGAACGAGGAGCACAACCGGCGUCUGUCUGAGACGGUGGACAAGCUGCUGUCAGAAUCCAACGAGAGGCUGCAGCUGCACCUGAAGGAGAGGAUGUCUGCUCUGGAGGACAAGAACACUCUGAUUAGAGAACUCGAUCACAUGAAGAAGCUGAUUGAAGAGUCUCAUCACGAAAAGGAGCAGCUCCUCAUCCAAAUUGAGACCAUGAGAGCAGAGAAUGAGAUCGGCAGGAGCAACUCCUCCCUCCACGGGCGCUCUCAGCUGGGCAGCACCCCAGAUUUCAGGUAUCCAGUGUCUGCGUCCUCCAUGAUGGACGGCAACUCCGACAGCUUUGGCAGCGCUCUAGUUCUGAGACGACCUCAGAAAGGGAGGAUGGUGGCGCUCCGAGACGAGCCGUCCAAGCGACAUGUGCAGACGCUGAACGAGCAGGAGUGGGAGCGCAUGCAGCAGGCGAACGUGUUGGCUAACGUGGCGCAGGCCUUCGAGAGCGACAUGGACGUGUCUGACCUGGAGGAGGACCGGGAGAUGAUGUUCAACUCUGUGGACCUGCUGUCCCCUGCUGGUCAGGCCGAUGCACAGACGCUGGCCUUGAUGCUGCAGGAGCAGCUGGAUGCCAUCAACAAUGAAAUCAGGAUGAUCCAGGAGGAGAAGGAGAGCACCGCCAUCCGAGCAGAGGAGAUCGAGUGCAGGGUGGGCAGCGGCGACAGCAUCGGAGGGCGCUUCCGCUCCCUGAGCUCCAUCCCGCCCUCUCUGUGUGCCGGCUCCUCGUUGGGCGGCUCGCCGCCCAGCUCGGGUCACUCCACCCCCAGGCGCAUUCCUCGCAGCCCCAACAGAGAACUGGACCGGAUGGGCGUCAUGACCUUGCCUAGUGACUUGCGCAAGCACCGCAGGAAGUCCUCUCAGGACGACAAAGCCACGAUUCGAUGUGAAACCUCGCCUCCCACCACUCCUCGCUCCAUGCGCCUGAACAGGGAGACAGGCCACGCCUCCAGCCAUGAAGACAUAAGAGACAUCCGAGGUCUGAGCAGCCUGCAGGACGGUCAGGGCAGCAACCCCAGCAGCAGCAACAGCAGCCAGGACUCCCUCAACAAGGCCGCCAAGAAGAAGAGCAUCAAGUCUUCCAUUGGACGCCUGUUUGGGAAGAAGGAAAAGGGCCGGCCCAGCCUUCCCGGCAAGGAUGUGCCAAGCCAAGCUGGCACCCCUGAGGCGGAAGGAUCUCCAAAGGAAGGCCUCGGGAUGGGCUCGCUCGGAGGACCGGCAGAGAAGAACCGGAAGCUGCAGAAGAAUCCAAAGACGGGGCAUGAGUUACUGGAAGAGGCUCGCCGGCAGGGCCUGCCCUUUGCCCAGUGGGACGGACCCACUGUUGUGGCCUGGCUGGAGCUGUGGGUGGGCAUGCCGGCCUGGUAUGUGGCCGCCUGCCGUGCAAACGUGAAGAGCGGAGCCAUCAUGUCGGCUCUGUCGGACACAGAGAUCCAAAGAGAGAUCGGCAUCAGCAACCCGCUGCACCGCCUCAAACUACGUCUGGCCAUCCAGGAAAUCAUGUCCCUCACCAGCCCCUCGGCCCCACCCACCUCCAGAACGAACACAGGAAACGUCUGGGUCACACACGAAGAAAUGGAGAGUUUGGCGGCCACGCCCCCUACGGAGGAUGACGAGGGUAGCUGGGCUCAGACUUUGGCGUACGGAGACAUGAACCACGAGUGGAUCGGCAACGAGUGGCUGCCCAGCCUGGGUUUGCCGCAGUACCGCUCAUACUUCAUGGAGUCCCUGGUGGACGCCCGCAUGCUCGACCACCUCACCAAGAAGGACCUCCGAGGGCAGCUGAAGAUGGUGGACAGCUUCCACAGGAACAGUUUCCAGUGUGGUGUCAUGUGUCUGAGGAGGCUCAACUAUGACAAGAAGGAGCUGGAGAGGAGAAGAGAAGACUCUCAGCUGGAGCUGAAAGAUGUUCUGGUGUGGAGUAACGAGCGCGUGAUCAGCUGGAUCCAGAGCAUCGGCCUCAAAGAGUACAGCAGCAACCUGUACGAGAGCGGCGUCCACGGGGCGCUGCUCGCCCUGGACGAGACCUUCGACCACAACACGCUGGCCCUGCUGCUGCAGAUCCCAACGCAACACACACAGGCCAGAGCAGCUCUGGAGCACGAGUACAGCGGCCUGCUGGCCGUUGGCACUGACAGGAGAAUGGAUGAGGACGACGACAAGAACUUCCGCCGCGCUCCCUCAUGGAGGAAGAAGUUCCGGCCCAAAGACGUUCGGGGGGGAGCUCUAGGCGCUUCCGACACUCUUCCCGCCAACUUCCGAGUGACAAACAGCAGCGCAGCGUCUCCCUCCACGCCGCCAAAGAGGAGUCCGGUGGACGGGAGUCAGUCUAUACAGAGGCUGGACACCGCCACAGUCCGGACCUACUCUUGUUAACACGCAACGUUUAUCCUCAUUAUUUCUAUAGGUAGCCGCUGGUCCGACGACGAAGGGCAGUUCCCAGCAUUCAAGACCCGGAUGAUGAACUGACAGCCCAGGAAGCCCGCCGUGACGGCCUGUAGCCGGCAGAACCGCCAGAGGUCGCUGGGGUCGAGCUACACUUUUGUAUUUAUGUGGGACAUUUAUCAUUGAUUUUAGAAUUGCUAUGUAACCUGUUUCAUUUUUAUUCCUUUGAUCAACCCACUUUUUUAAAAAGAUUCUCCCUCCACUGUUUGGGUCUCCGAUACGUUUCAUGGAGUCUGUACAUUUCUAGUGACUGACAGUUUAUCUCAUCAUUUUUUAUAAUCCUGGAUGUACGUUUUUCCUCUGAUCUGAGCUCUAAUCGUGGAUUUUAUGCUGAAGUGACUUUUAUAAGUUAUAUAACUUAAUUCAUGUCUUUCUGACACUUUAACUGUUCUGUUUGUCGCCUAUUACCUGUGAUCGAUAUCAAUGCAGCUCUCGGCCCGACAGCCGUGUGUUUGUCAGACGAAGUUGCGUUUUCACACGCCGUUUGACGCCAGGCGCCUCCGACCGAGCUGUGGCGUGCAGCUGAUGCCCGUGACCGGCUGUGGAAGCGAGGGGUUUUUCUUUCAUACCUGAUACCAAAACGACAGUCUGAAGCCAUAGAACUGUAGCAGGAAGCAGCAGCAGAGGGCUGACAUACCCCCCCUCACCCACCCAGCCAGGCCUGACAUACCCCCCCUCACCCACCCAGCCAGGCCUGACAUACCCCCCCUCACCCACCCAGCCAGGCCUUCCUCCCCUCUGGAGCCGUACCUGUGCGUCCACGGUGUUCGCUCCGUUAAAGGACCAACCGUUCUGAACUCUGUCCAUUGCUAGAUGACCUCCAAGGCGGCGUGAUCCUCCCACACAGCUUUUUAAAGAUUUCAUAUGGAGCCUUAUUGUCUCUCUAACCUUCUCUUUAUUUAUUACUCCUCAUCCAUGUGUGGUCGGUCAGAGCUGAAGCUCCGCCCCCUUUGGAUGUGGCGCCGCCUCAUGCUUUCCUGUGUGAAGCUCAAACCCACAAAGGCUUUCUCUCCUUGUGAUUUAUGCACAAAACAAAUCCUGUUGCUGUUUUUAUCUCGCUCUUCCUAAAGAGUUUUCUGAUCUUGUAACAAUGAUGUACAGCCCGAGUACUAAAACUAUUUUUAUCACAGUAUUAUUUAUUGCUUACUUUCAAUAAAAUACUGAGACUUAUUUUCCACUGCA